UUUGAGGAAGGAGAGUCAAAAAGUCGAUUUUUGACAGAGAGGUAGGAUCCUGGCACCAAGUCCCUUAGACCAGUUACCAUGUCUUCCAUCGAGAACACCCAGUACCACGGCCCUUUUCUGCCCACUGUGGGCCACACCAAGGAGAGUUUGGAGUAUGCUAAGAAUUUUUCUGUGAAAGACAGUGAUGUGUUUGUUGUUACAUAUCCCAAGUCAGGCACCAUCUGGAUGCAGGAGAUCCUGCCUCUGGUGCUGAGUGGAGGAGAUCUGACACCAAUCCAGUCCACUGUCAACUGGGACCGGGUGCCUUGGUUGGAGGAGACCAGAUUGGCAAAUGUUGUGGAUAAGAUGACAUCUCCACGUGCCAUGGUUUCUCAUUUUCCCUACAACCUCAUGCCUUCUUCCUUCCACAGCUCUAAAGCAAAGGUGAUCUAUGUCAUGAGAAACCCAAAAGACGUUGCAGUGUCUUCAUUCUACUUCCACCAAAUGGCUUCUUUCCUCGAGGAUCCAGGGACUUUUGAUGAGUUCCUGGAUAAGUUCCUGGAAGGAAAAGUGCUUUUUGGGAAAUGGACAGACCAUGUGAGCAGCUGGAAACUUGCAAAGUUGGGAGACAGAAUUCUGUUUUUGACCUACGAAGAAAUGGUUCAGGACCUGGGUGCAGCUAUCAGGCGUAUGUCUGACUUCCUUUGUCUAGAUCUGAGUGAGGACGUCAUUCAGAAGAUUGCAGAACAUUGCACUUUCAAGAGCAUGAAGGCCAACACCAUGUCCAACUUUAGCCUCGUCUCCAAGGAGUACAUGGACAUUGACAAGUCUCCUUUUCUCAGGAAAGGUGUUGCUGGAGACUGGAAAAACCACUUUAACUCGGAGCAGGAGGCCCGCUUCACAUCAGUCAUUCAGAAGGAGCUGGAGGCAGCUGGCUUGUCUUUCCCUUUUAACUGAACCACACAGAAAGAAAGGGAUGUUAGUAGACAGUGAAAGGGAUGGUGGAAUUCAAAAUCCCUCCAGGUAUUUUAAUUGUUGCUAAUUGGAGUUAGAGUCUCAUCAUUUGAAGUUAAUUGUAAGGAGAAGAUUUUAGUUGACUGCAUGGAGGUGCACUGUAAUCCAUUUUCUGCAUUUGUAAUCAAAAUAAUGUGAAUUUCAGAUUUGUUUUAGUUUUGAAACAUGUAAAGCAAUAGUUAACAAGACAAAUAAACACAAAAAGCACAUUUUUUUAGAGUUGGCAACACACCACAUAAAAGACAGAGCUGCAACCGUAGGCCAGAACAGUCUCAUAAUUCAGAAUUUCAUGCAGUCCGAGUCACAAUUGCACACACUUUGAUUCACAAAUGUCAUUGUAUGCAAACAUGCAAAAUAAAUCUGGAAAUGCACAAUAAAGGUUUCACAAAUGCA